GUUAAUGCUGAUUUUCAUUUUAUGUAUGCAUACGUGUGAAUAAUAAUACUAAUACACGAUAAUAAUAGAUUGUGAGAGACAAUUAGAUUAUCAGCAUCAAUAUUAUUUUUUAUGGAUAUACAGAACUGAUGAAAAAUUGAAAAUCAAGCUAGCCAAUUUUAUUUCAUUUCUGACACAUAACGAAGUUGUGCUGAAAACAACAUACAACGGGGGCUUUGGAAUAGGAAGGAACAGAUUCAGACACAUAUAGUGAAGGAAACAAAGUGAGUGAGAGAGAGAAAAAUGACUGCAAAAAAGGAUUCAACAAAAGCGAAUAAAUUUGAACUGGGUGCCGGAAUAAAAUUGGCUCCAACAUCAAAUGCCAACAGUAUGAAUAUUGAAGGCAGCGAACCGAAAAGAGCUAAUAAACCGCUAAUGGAAAAACGACGCAGAGCGAGAAUUAAUCAGAGCUUAGCUGUCCUUAAAGCACUCAUCGUAGAGACUAAUGCCAAAAAUUGUAAAACUGUUGAUGGACAGAAGCAGAAGCACACAAAAUUAGAAAAAGCUGAUAUCCUCGAAAUAACAGUCCGAGAAUUCCAACGUCAUAGAAAUUUAGAAUGUCCAGAAAUAGAUAAAUAUCGUGCAGGUUAUUCAGACUGUGCACGUGAAGUAGCAAGAUAUUUAGCCACACCAGAGCCAUUGCCAUCAGCAACAGUUCCAUCACUUAAUGACCCCGGUUCAAAAGCACGUCUCUUGAGACAUUUAGAUGCAUGUCUUCUCGAGAUCGAUAGUGAGAUAUCAAAUGCGAAGGAACAUCCAGUGGUAUCAAGAGAUUAUCUUCGUACGCCAUCAACUGUUCAAACAGAAUGUAGUCAGGACUCGAUAAAUCCACUUGAUUAUAGUAAAAUUAAUCAUGAUGGAGCAUUAAAUUUAACAAAAAGUCUUAAUAGUCCAACGCCCACGAGUAAUCAUUGUAUAGCAUCCACAACAAAUACAACAAACAAUGGCAGUUCGGGAGAUGAAAACAAUAAUGGACAACAGCAGCGUAUUUAUGGCGAAAGUACAACAAGCACAACAGCAUCACCGACAUUAACAGUAAGUGGCAUUGGUGACAAUUUUUCAUCAUCAUCUCUCCCAACCAAGCAACAACAAUCGCAACAGUCAGCAAGCAAAAAAGCGCCUAACAAAGCAAUUACCAGCAGUAAACGGAAUAAAUCAUUUGUUGACAAGAGUGGCGGUAGUGAUGAAUCAGUGGCAACAUCACAGUCUCCAAUACCGCCGAAAAAAGCGAUGAUAAAAUCUGUUGAAAAGGAACGAAUUGCGCAAGAAGCUGCUGCUGCUGCCGCCCUAUCAGAACUUCCAAAUCAAAGUCCUUCAUCACCAUCUACAAUGGCACCACAAAAUUAUGUACAACAAUUAGCCUCUGCACUCGGUCUAAACAAUUCAAAUAUAGCAACAACAGAUUUUGAAAGUCUCAUUGAAAUGAAUAGACGACAACAGGAACAGCAAUUGAGUCAGACGAACAACAUCAAUAGCAACAAUUCAACCUCGCCAGAUAUUCCAGUCGUUCACACUCCAAACGAAUGGGAGAUGUACAAAAAAAUUCUCAGUAUGAGUACGACACAAGCGACAGCGGGAGGAUUAAAUAAAGUGGAAAAUGCCAACAGCACAAUAACAUUGAAGGAUUUAAAGGCAUCUUCGCCAAUAUUAACGAUUCAUCAAAGUCUCAUAGUGAACAGUAAUAGCAAUCAUAGCAGUAGUGAUCUGGAUGUUAAUGAUGAAAAUGCUCCAUCCAAUUUUCCAGUCGAGAAUGUUACUAAUAAUAGUGAUAAAGUCAUUUACGAAAGCCCAUAUGAGAGGCCAUUAACGUCUAUUCAUAUAUCACCGCCUGCGAUUCAUCCUCAUCAUCAUCACAAUAGUAAUCUAACGCACGUUGCUGCAUCACCACCACUACUACAAACAACAGCAAUAACAAAUGCUAUAAAGAUAGAAGGCGAAAUAGAAACGGAUUAUGCCCUCCAGCACACGUAUCCAACAGUUCACAAAUCGAUUCAUCACACAAUAACAACAACAUCAACGACGACGCAUUAUCGUGACAUAAUGGUUGAUGAAAAUCUUGAAAAUAAACAGCAAAAUUCUGUGAAUGAGGAAGAUGACGUAUGGAGGCCCUGGUAAAAAAAAGGGAAUAGUAGAAACGUCUGAGUUGUAAAUUGUCAAUCGAAAAAAAAAAUAAAUGUUCGUGUUCACCCUGCCAUACAUCCAAAGAAUAAAACUUUUAAAUGUAUCAAGUUAUAGAGUAUAGAGAAUGGAAAUUCUUCUGAAUAUUUUUAUGUAAAUAAAGGCAUAAUCUAAAAGCAGUG